AUGCCAUUAAAGGAGCUUCCAAAACCAAUGCCAUUAAAGGACAGCAAUACCUGGUCUGGUCUCUACAGGUUUUCAAAGUCUGAGAUUGAGAAAGCUAUAUGCAUUAACAAUCGAAGGAAGAGUUUAGGCCGAGGGAGUGCUGGUGAAGUUUAUGAAGGCAGGUUGCCUAGUGGUCAAGUUGUGGCCAUUAAGCAGAUAAAGAAAGGUAACUCUUUGGAUACUUUUGCUAGGGAAGUUGCUGGACUUUCCCGGAUUCGACACCCGAACCUCGUUUCUUUGCUUGGUUGCUGUAUCGAAGGUGAUGAGCAGUACUUGGUCUUGGAGUACUGUCAUGCGGGGAAUCUUGCUCAGCAUCUCUUAAGGAAAGACUGCGUCUUGACAUGGGAUAGAAGAGUUAAGAUCCUAAGAGACUGUGCACUCGGGCUGAGGUAUCUUCAUAGUUACAUUGAUGGAUGCAUUGUUCAUAGAGAUAUUAAGCUCACAAACAUCCUCUUGACUGAACAUUUGGAUCCGAAACUCUCGGAUUUCGGGCUGGCAAAAAUUCUGGGAAUGAAGGAAAGCAAAGUAUUCACAGACGUGAGAGGAACUAUAGGUUAUAUGGAUCCAGAAUACAUGACCAAUGCAAAGCUAACCUGUGCCAGUGAUAUAUACAGCUUUGGCAUUGUAGCCUUGCAAAUUCUGUCUGGACAGAAAGUUAUCGAGUUGGAUCUCGAUGCCAGUGAACAACUUACACGAAAAGCAACGGAUGUGAGCCUGGGAAGACGACCAGUUACAGAUUUUGAAGAUCCGAGGCUUCAUGAGGAUCUGAAUAGGAAGGAUUUCGAAUCCAUUUUGCAUAUUGCAGUACUUUGUGUUGCAAAAUCAAGUCGAGGCCGACCGCCUAUUGAUGUUGUUUUUGAUGAGUUAGAUAAAGCUUGGGAAAACACCAAAGCCGAAAUGAAAAUGAGGAAAGAAAUCGGUACAUCGGCAACAUAG